UUGAUCAUCUCCACAAGGUUCCAAAGAUAAAGAAAGAAUAAUGGAAAGCAAGAAUUUUUAGGUGUGAUUAUCAUCAUCAUCAUCUACUUCUCCAAUCCCAUGGAGUGAUGAAUAUGAUCACUGAAGCACCACAGCCCCUACAACCAACAACCCUAAUCUUUUUCUUAAUGGCUCUCUCUUCUAAUUUUCUCCCUUCAUACAAACCCCUACUCUUCCAUGGCUCCCAAAAUUAGUCACCUUUCUCCACCUAUUUCCCUCCCUCCAUGGCUCCCUCCCCUCACCAAAACAUCCCCUUACUUCUCCAACCCCUCGCCUCUCCGGGUCGCCGCCCAUGACAAUGCUUCCUGCCCAUACCCCUCUCUCCCAACUCCAUCCUUCCCGCGGCUGCGGCGCCGCCCAUCUCAUGAAUGCUGCUCCUCCGCUUGUUUCUGAAAAUUAUUACUAUUACUAUUCUCAUCCUUAUCUAAUUGCUCUUCAUCCUCCCAUGGCGGAUGAUGAUGACUCAACUACUAACACUUUUAAUCAACAACCCUCUUCUAAUACAGAUGAUGGGUGGCUUCAAUUAAGUAUCGGCCGCCGGAGACCUCCAACAACCUCCAAUUUGGUCGAGCUCGAUCUAUUACCCGGCGGAGGAGGUGACAACCCCGCCACCGCCAGCCGGGAUUUCUUAACCCCUGAAGCUGCUACGACAGCUCGGUCCGAGACGGGAAUGCAGUUGUUUUUUGGAACUCCUACCUCUUCCAACUUUGUACAGCAAGAGAUCAAUUGGGCAUUCAGGCCGAUGUUGGCUGCGUCCUCGUCUUCUUCAUUUCUACCGGUUGGCGGUCGGUCUCCGUUUAUCCAAUUCCAAAGCUCCGGGGUUCAGGCCGGCGAUGCUGGGCCGAGCUCCGACGUCAGAAUCAUAAAUCCUCCCCGGCGGCCCCAUUCUGGUAUUUGGUUUACAUUAAAAGCCUUAGAAAAUCAAUCAAAACAACCAUUCUUGCCUCAAAUUUCAAAAAAUUAUCUCAGAAUCAAGGAUGAAAAGAUGACGGUUCGUUUGGUUAUGAAAUAUUUGGUUUCCAAGCUGCAUCUGGAUAGCGAAUCAGAGAUAGAGAUAAGAUGUAGAGGGCAAGAAGUGGAACCAUUUUGGACAUUGCAGCAUGUAAGAGAUAGCAUUUGGACAGCUUCUUCUUCAUCAUCAGACUCACUCUUCACUUUGCUUCCUCACUCCUCACCCACACAUCAUCUAAUGCUCCUUCACUAUGGGAGAAAGCCUUAAUCAUUCCCCUUCCCCCUUCUCUAACUUUUCUUUUUUUUUCUUAUAUGUUUUUGUUUUAAGAUUUUAUUUAUUUACGUGUAUUCUCAAUAUUUUUAUCUUACCCCAAUUUGAUUCAGCAAUGAAUUUAUAUGUAUGGAGAUCGAACCAGUGACUUACGAAUAAAAUAGAGGUCAUAUGGUGAUAUGCCACAUGCA